CCCUGAUGUCACCACACAGAAGUAUGAUGGCGCUGGAGAGGUGUAUAGCUUUUCUGUUAGCAGAUGAGUUAGAUGCUGAAGAAUACGCACAUUUUAAAACACCUCUCCAAACACGAGGAGGGAGAGCUGAGGAUGAUGAUGAUGGUGAUGAUGAUGAUGAUGAUGGUGAUGAUGAUGGUGAUGAUGAUGGUGAUGAUGAUGAUGAUGAUGAUGAUGAAGAAGGCAGAAAGAACUACUUCAGUGCUACAGUUCCCAGCCUCUCUGUCCUGGAUUUCCAGAAAUGCUUUCAGCUCACACAACCCCAAGUUGAAGAGCUGGUAAACUUGCUGUCACCUUGCGAAUGGGCGACGUGUAAACUUGAAGGAUGGACUGUCACGCACGCGGUGCUUGCCAGUCUCUGGACUCUUUCCACUCUGGAGCCUCAGAGCAGCGUCGCAGCCCGUUUUCACACCAGCGAGUCUCUAAUUCGCCUCCAGCUGAUUGAUUUCUGCACCUUGAUUACAAAAAACUUUGCCGAUCAGAUCCGCUGGCCCAAGUGGAAAGAAGCCGAAGCUUCCGUGGCCGGGUUCUUAACUGACGUUGGGCUUCCUGGUACCAUCUGCGUGCUGGGUUCCUGCUCGAUUCCCAUCGACAGGCCUGCUGACGUGCCUGAUCCAGAGGUGUAUCGAGACUCUGUAAAAAAUGCAUACUCUGUAACUCUCAUGGCUUUCUGCAACCAUCAGGGUUGCUUCACUUUUGUGAAUGCAGAGCACCCAGGAAACUGGCAUAACUCCAGAGUCCUCCUAGAGACCGAAGUUGGAAAAGCGUUGCAGGAGGAUCCGCUGAACCUGCUACAUGGCAAGCAUGUAAUAGGAGACGGCACCUUUCCGCUGUCCGAGCAUCUUCUCACGCCGUUUCCAGACUACGGGAUGCUAGGAGAGAAGAAGCUGCGUUACAAUUUAAGAGUGCAGGCGGCUCUUCGGGUGGUCCGAGGAUCCCUGAAUAGUCUGAGGUGCAGGUUUCAGCGGCUGAGGUGUUUGCAGUUGAGUUCUGUAGGCCAAACCGGUCUGGCUGUGAAGACUUGCUGUAUUUUAUAUAACCUGUAUUUAGAGACGGAUAAUGCUGCCUCAGCUGAAAGUGUAGAGGAGCAGGCGAAUGUUCAGCUGCCUUUUCACGACCUACCCUACGGCCACUCGGGCAGUCUCGGUGGAAUCUCUAAAAGACAGGACAUCGCCGCAUCGCUUGGACGAAAGACUAAAAAAAGGUGACGAGAGGAACACUUUAAAAAAAAAAAAAAUGGUUAAUAUAAUUGUAUAUAUUUCAGAUAUAAAGAUCUUUGUUGGUGCCAGACGGGUUGGUUUGAGUAUUUCAGAAACUGCUAACGAUUUCCACACGCUGUAGAGUUUGGAGUUUACACAAAAUGGUGAAUCCAGACAGAAGAAACGCCUUGUGGAUGAGAGACAUCAGAGGAGAAUGAUCAGACUGGGCUUUGUGCUGACAGGAAGGCUCAAAUAAUCACUCUUUACAGCCGUGGUGAGCAGAAAUGCAACGCAGCACCUCACAACAUGGCAAAAACACAUGAGGCUGAAGAUCGGGAAAAGUCCAGGUGAUGUUUUUUCAAUCUUUAACUGUCCAGUUUCAUUGAGAAACAAAGAUGUUUCUCCUUUUGGAUAUUUUGGACAGAACACACAACUUCUUGAAAUCCUCCCUUUAAAAAAAUAGUUACUUUACAUAUUUCUUCCACCCUAAAUUUACGACAAAAGCUUUUGCAAUCAUCUGCAUAGACGCUUUCUAUAUAUUUAAACAUAAAGAUAUUAAUAAACACAGACACAGCAUAUAUGUUGUAAAUGUUCUAUAAAAUGUAUGAGCUACUGUGAGUAAACGUACUGUAAACUGAAACGCGACAGAAUUGUAAUUAUUGAUGUUUAUACAUUCAAGUUGGUGAUUAUGGAAUUUUUUUAAUUUCUAUUUUUUAAAAAAAAAUAAAUCUAAACACUCAUGCUGUCACAUGAGACUCUGACUAUCUGUUGAUGUAAAAUAAGUGAUGAAUAAUAAAUGCAUUGCUACCCUCCUGUGGCAAAAUGUGAAAACAC